AAUAGAGAUAUCUUAUCAAUCUGGCGGCCUCCCUACAUUCAACAAUUCAAUAAUCAGGAAUGAGGAUACUCCGGAAGAUGUUCAGCAGAACCAGUGGGAAACGAGUCAUGGGAUGCGCGUGGACGUCCUCUCCGCCUUCGCAUAUAUAUUGGGUCCAAUCUCAGCUUUGGUAUUACUUGUGCUGGAAACUAAUAAUGAUUAUGUUCGAUUUCAUGCCUACCAAUCUGCCUUGCUAAUGACACCUCUGCUAUUGGUGCGCAUAUUUGCAUCACUCCUUGGUUUUCCAUCAUGGGUACGAUCAUUCCUCACUGUUACAUUCGCACUUUCUGCACUUUUCAUGGCCGUACGAGCGUACCUCGGAGCUUCGCACGAAGGUCUCGCACGUUAUCAUCUCCCAAGAAUUGGGCCGCUCGCUGAGAGAUGGGUGUUUGAGGAAUGAGCUGCUCUCCUCCAUGACAUCAUACAUUGUCACCGGAAUUGCGCCUUUUAUCUAUGUAGCCACGAAUACACGAAUGAUGCGCAGAUUCGAGGUCGGGUGCUUUUUGGCACUGGCUCCUAUCUCAUAGAGCAUCAUGCGGAUUUACGACAUCCUUGUAUAUUGUAAUCGAAGUCCAUAAUAAUGCUCUUGAAUCGUUUUGGUCAA